AACCAGUCUUGAGACACCGGGCACUUUGUCAGAAGGACAGCGCUUUGCUUUAGCGGACUAGUAGCGGACAGGAGCACACAGAGUGCAAACACGUUGUUAUUGGAAAUACCCGCGGAGUUGACUUAAUUAUACUGGAUACUUUUGAGAUUUACAAGACAAGAAAAAUGAAGUCUCCAAAGUUGAAGUCUCAAGGCAAAUGUAAAUUCCUUGAGGAGGAUGAUCUGUCUGACGUGCUGUGUGAGUUCGACGCGGUGAUCGAGGAUUUCACUUCCCCGAUGGAGAAGAGACACUUCCAGUACGACGAGCACCUGAAGACCGCGAAGAGACGGAGCAGUGCCAGCGUCAGUGACAGCGGCAUCAGCGACUCAGAAAGUGCUGAGUCGCUCAACAGGAACAGCUUCAGUUUCAGUGAUGAGAGACUGAACUCUCCCAAUGUCUUCUCUCCCUCUCCCACCUCCCCCCCACCUCUCACAUCACCCAAAGCCAAACUGGGAGACACUAAAGAACUGGAGGACUUCAUUGCUGACCUUGACAAGACGUUAGCAAGCAUGUGACACGGAGCCGAAGAGAAGUGAGAGACCCUUUUUUGGAGAGUAGCCAUCGCGAGGAGGGGACACCCUGUCCAGCACCCCAGAACACACACACACCAGGAGUGCUAUGAACAUAGCACAAGGACAGUCACAGUGACCGUCAGACUUGCUGAACAACUUCAUCUCAAGGCUGUGUCCCAAUAUUAUAAGACAGCGUCAUCUCCUUGUCUCCUUUCCUUCUCCUCGUCUCAUUUCCCUCAUGAUCUGAGCUGAUUGGACUGGAUAGUUUUUUCUAGGUUUGCAUGGUAAGAAUGGGCCAAUCUGAAAUGGAACCUCAUGUUCUAUUGCACCAGGUCGCAGUUGCAAAUGAGAACUUGUUCUCAACUAGCCUACCUGGUUAAAUAAAGGUGAAAUAAAAAAUAAAAUAAAAAUAUGGCAUAGAGGGAUAUUUCGUACGUAGCCCCAAUUUAUAAACUAUUAGCAGUCAUGGAAGAGAGGAGACUAGAGGAGACUAGGGAUUAGGAAGGAGACGAGGAAAGGAAGCUUUGUAAAAGUAUUGGGACACUGUUAGAGAGACAAACACCAUCUCACAUACACGGGACAGGCUGUGCGUCCUUUAUACAAAACUUGAGCUGGAAUAUUUAAGAAAUCGCUUUUUACAAUAUAAGUAUAUUUGUAAUUGUAUAGAGCUGGUCAUUGUAAAUGUAUCAAUAAUACUUUUUUGUGAAAUAUAUUUUUGUAUCUAUGUGUAAAUAAUAAUUGUUUCAAAUUCUAUUGCCUUGGAAUUAAAAAGCGUAUGAUAAGUUUAAGGUUUGGCACACGUUGACUGAAGUUGAGAUGUUUGAUGCUUCUAACGAAUGCAAACUAAAAUCUGGAUUAACUCUGAAAAACUGCAAUGCAACAAAAUGUUUUGAAUACAGCUAAUAUCAAUUGCCUACCAGAGAAUAUUAAAAUGAAAUAUUGUUGUUUUAAAA